AUUGAUUGCCAGCGAAGAAGAAGAACAGUCUCUCUCUCUCUCUCUCUCUCUGAGAACAGUCAAGACACAGUUGUUUUUGUAUAUAUAUAUAUUUAGGUGUUUCUUCAUCUCUUCUCCAAGGAUAUGGACGCUCAUUACCUCCUCGGAGCCGUUUUGGCUCUCACAUUCACAUUGCUCUUCUUCUACAACCUAUUCUCUAAGAGAAAUGACGCCCGAUCAUUCUCGCCCGACACCCACGCCACAACCACCACCACCACCACCGCCUACAGAUCAGAUAACCCACUACAAGAUGAUGUCGAUGUUAUCAUCGUCGGUGCCGGAGUCGCUGGUGCCGCUCUUGCCCAUACCCUUGGCAAGGAUGGUCGUCGUGUACAUGUAAUUGAAAGAGACCUAACCGAGCCUGACAGAAUAGUAGGAGAAUUGCUACAACCAGGCGGUUAUUUGAAAUUGAUUGAAUUAGGUCUUGAAGACUGUGUAGAAGGAAUUGAUGCUCAACGAGUAUUUGGAUAUGCUCUUUUCAAGGACGGUAGAAACACCCGACUCUCAUAUCCUCUUGAGAGAUUCAAUUCUGAUGUUUCCGGAAGGAGUUUCCACAACGGAAGAUUCAUUCAAAAGAUGCGAGAGAAAGCAUCUUGCCUUCCAAAUGUGCGGUUAGAACAAGGGACUGUAACCUCUCUACUCGAAUUGAAUGGGACCAUUAGAGGUGUGCAGUACAAGAACAAGAGCGGCGAUGAGUUAACCGCGUAUGCACCUCUAACAAUUGUAUGCGAUGGUUGUUUCUCGAAUCUACGACGGACCCUUUGCACACCCAAGGUUGACAUUCCUUCGUGCUUUGUUGGUUUGGUGCUUGAGAAUUGUGAACUCCCACAUGCAAACCAUGGUUGUGUCAUUUUGGCAGAUCCAUCUCCUAUCUUGUUUUAUCCUAUAAGCAGCUCGGAAGUUCGAUGUCUUGUUGAUGUUCCCGGCCAGAAGGUGCCCUCAAUUUCAACAGGCGAAAUGGCUAUGUACUUGAAAACCGCCAUUGCUCCUCAGAUUCCUCGCGAACUGCACGAUGCAUUCUUGGCUGCAAUCGAGAAAGGAAAUAUUAGAACAAUGACGAACAGAAGCAUGCCGGCUGCUCCUCAGCCAACUCCAGGAGCCUUACUUAUGGGAGACGCGUUUAACAUGCGUCAUCCUUUAACGGGUGGAGGAAUGACAGUUGCAUUAUCAGACAUUGUUGUCCUACGAAAUCUUCUCAGGCCACUACAAGACCUAAACGAUUCAUCCACCCUGAGCAAAUAUCUAGAAUCAUUCUAUACUCUGCGCAAGCCGGUGGCGUCGACUAUAAACACAUUGGCGGGUGCGUUGUACAAGGUAUUUUGUGCUUCCCCUGAUGAAGCGAGGAAGGAAAUGAGGGAGGCGUGUUUCGAUUAUCUGAGCCUUGGCGGGUUAUUUUCGAAUGGGCCAGUGUCAUUGCUUUCGGGUUUGAACCCUCGUCCAUUGAGUUUGGUCCUGCAUUUCUUUGCGGUUGCGGUUUAUGGAGUUGGGAGAUUGUGUUUGCCUUUUCCAUCUCCCAAGCGAAUGUGGCUUGGUGCUAGGCUAAUUUCGAGUGCAUCUGGAAUAAUAUUUCCAAUUAUUAAAGCUGAGGGAGUGAGGCAGAUGUUCUUCCCAGCCACAGUCCCUGCAUACUACAGAGCUCCUCCUGUUCAUUGAUAAAGAGUAGUAGUUUUCUUUUCUUCUCAUGUUUCUGUUUUAGGUAUUUGUUUUAAUCUCUUUAUUUGUUGGUACAUGGGUUCAAUCAAUGUAUAAACCAUUCGAACCCAAGUUGAAAUGGAGAUGAACAAUAAUAUGGGUUUCUACUUUACACUA